CUCCUGUUCUCGGUUCUCGAUCUUCUCGAUCAAGAUCUGCAAGAAUUUCCACACAGUUUAGAACUUUCAAGAUGUUUUCAAGAACCGCCUUCCGUUUACAUGACGCCAGCAAAGCUAUAAGAGGUUUCUCGGUAGCUGCUCAGAACCAACAGAAAGUUGCUGUUCUCGGUGCUGCUGGAGGAAUUGGCCAGCCUAUGUCACUGCUAAUGAAACAGCAUACGGCCAUCAGCCAUUUGGCUUUGUACGAUAUCGUCAACACACCAGGUGUUGUUGCAGACAUCAGCCACAUUUGCACACCAGCCAAAGUUACAAGCCAUCAGGGCCCAGAUGACCUCCAGAGUGCCUUAGAAGGCUGUGCAGCUGUCGUUAUUCCUGCUGGAGUCCCAAGAAAGCCAGGCAUGACCCGUGAUGAUCUUUUUAAUACAAAUGCUUCCAUUGUACAAACUCUUUCAGAAGCCUGCGCCAAGUUUUGCCCCAAGGCUAUCAUUUGCAUUAUCUCAAAUCCUGUGAACUCUACUGUCCCAAUUGCAAGUGAAGUGUUCAAGAAAGCUGGAGUUUAUGAUCCAGCUCGAAUCCUAGGUGUCACCACACUGGACAUUGUGAGAGCAAAUACAUUUGUUGCUGAAGCUAAGGCUAUUGAGCCAAAAAAAGUCAGUGUCAAGAAGGUUUUAACAUAUGCUGCUCGCAUGAUAUUGUUUGUCUUCAAGACUUCACCAAAGACAUCCUUUACAGACGAGGAGACAGAGAAACUUACUGAUCGCAUUCAAAAUGCAGGCACAGAAGUGGUGAAUGCAAAAGCUGGAUCUGGAUCUGCUACUCUUUCAAUGGCAUAUGCUGGAACAAAGUUUAUUUCCUCUGUCCUUGCUGCACUCAAUGGUCAGAAGAAUAUGGUGGAGUGUGCAUUUAUCAAGUCAGACGUCUGUGACACAGGAUACUUUGCUUCACCUGUAGAACUUGGGCCCAAUGGCGUGGAGACAAACUUGGGAAUCGGAAAACUGUCUGCAUACGAGACAAAGAAGCUAGAAGAGGUGAUCCCCGAACUGAAGAAGAAUAUUAAGAAAGGCGAAGACUUCGUUUUGGGAAAGUGAUUCCGUUGUGCUCUUUGUCUGAAGCUUAGGCGGGAGUUUCUUGUGUUCCGGCAUUCUUUGCUAAUUUAUCGAAUCUAUAUAGCUCUUUUGCAGUCUGCUGAACGAAUGUACAAACUCCGGUCCAAGAAAGGAUCGAUUAAAAGAAUGUUUUUAUCA